AUACCCCCAAUGUAUAUACGUGGCUAUACGUGGCUACGCCGGGCAGUUACCCCAAACCUCAUCCUCAUCGUGUGAACAGAUCAGAAGCCAUCAGGGAAGGCCCCCAACACCAGGAGCACACGGAAUUUUCAGUGCGACUGAAUUUACCAACAAUAACCCCAGUUCCUACAACUUGGCUGAACAUAACCUAGAAUGCGAGUGAGAUUAAAGCUCUAGACAGCAAAACUGGACCUGACACAAAUCAAAUAAAUUCGAAAAUCAAAUGACAUGAGUCUGAGGAAAAAGUUCGAGAUGCUGAGAGUCUUCAGGUGCGUAAUAAUCCUGCAUUUGUUUAUUCUCAUCCUCGAACUGCCCAAUGCGGUUUGCCUGGAGGUGAUUUACGCGAUUAAUGCUGGGGGUGAGACUCAUGCGGACAGUUAUGGGGUGCGAUACAUGAGGGAUCCACUGAUGGGAAAGGUUGGAACAGCUUCUGAUUAUGGAAAGCAACUCAUUAUUGGAAGGGUCAACACCGUGGAUCAGAUUCUCUAUCAGACAGAGAGGUACCAUCACUCGACAUUUGGGUAUGACAUACCCAUCAGUGAAGACGGCGAUUAUGUACUUAUCCUCAAGUUCUGCGAGGUCUACUUCAACUCCCCGAAUAUGAAAGUAUUCGAUGUGGUGCUCAAUGGAGAUCACACGGUCGUCACUGAUCUGGAUAUUUUUGAGAAGGUCGGCAGAGGAAUCGCUCAUGACGAGCAUGUGCCCUUCAGGGUGGAAAGGGGAAAGCUGAUUUAUAAUGAAGAGGAGUCGGAUAUUCUCGGAGGAAAAAUACGGGUGGAGUUUAUCAAGGGAUACAGAGACAAUCCAAAAGUUAAUGCUAUUGCUGUCAUCAAGGGGACUGUUGAUGAUGUACCACAACUGGGUCCCAUCCCACAAGACCCAGAGGAAUACCAUGGGAUGCAGGAGGACGAGGAAGAAUCUCCAGUUCGCAAUAGACACACGAGUGGUCCUCGAACUCCUGACCCCUACUCAAUCGACGAUUCGUCGAUAAUGCUGCCGGUUUUCGUAGCUAUCGGGGCCUUCAUACCUUUGCUCUUCUGCCUGUGUAAGCUCUGAGGAAGAUCAAUCAUGAAGACUAGCCAAAGCAAUGUGAAGCUUGCAUGAAGCUCAUUCUGCGGAAUCUAGCCAAAGGGAAAAAAUUACAGAAAAACAUUGGUCGAAUGUUUUAGCAUAGUGGAUUAUACAAGGAAUAAUUUAAUUUAAAAACCUAAUAAUUUUUCUUGGGAAAUUCCAUUGGAUCUCUGUGGAAUUUUCUAUGAAAUUUGAGACACGUCUAUUGGAAUUUUUAAGAAAAUUCAACAGACACUCAAUGCAACCCAUUUUAGCUAUAAUUUCAACGUCGCAUACGAAACUAUGCGUUGCGAUAUCUGAAAGCCUAGAGUCGGCCGGACACCCUAAACUAUGGACUAGUUAAAAUAUGAUUGGCUAAUCAAUUUUUUUAUAUUUAAGUAAUUUAAGCAAAAAAUUAAUCAUUCAAAAAUCAUGCAAGUGUUCUCUAUCAACGAAUUCAAUGAUGCACAGAGCAGAAGAUGAAACGAAACGCAGGAUUUUCCAAAUGCACGAGUGUACUUAGUCGAUACAGUCACAAUGUGUUAAUUGUAACGAUUUUUAAAUGAACCACUUAUUUAUGUUUAUUUAUUUUUCACGAUUUAAAUACAGAGAUUAUAAUGGGGAACUGAUUAUACGUGGUAUUUGUUAAUACGAUUGUAAAGUGUGUGAGAAUAAAAUAAUGACUGUUGUUAUAUGUA